AACUGUGUUCUCCCUACCUAAUGUUUUUUGUUGGUGUUGCUAUUGUGGAUGUUUUAAGGAGAGCUGCUACAAGAGGAAUCUCUGAGCAGCAAGAAACAGAAGCAAUAAUUGGAAAAGAAUUCCUUCCUAUUUUAGAAGGGCAAGCUCUUUCAGCAAAACAGAGGAGGACAUAGGGAAGAGCUGAGUGACGGAAAGAAAGGUCCCUGACCAAGCCUUCUCAGAGCCUGUCUCCAUCUAGGAUGGCUUCCUUCAGAAUGCUGCUUGGGCUGUUGAUGGCCUUCUGUUUCACCUUCUGCCUCAGUCAUCGGAACCCAAAUGAGUUUGCGCUGACCAGCCUAGAGAAGAGCAGUACCGAAGAGCCAGAGAAAAAAGAAACCAAAGUGGAGGAGGAGAUGGAUGCCGAAGUCCUGGAGGUCUUUCAACCAACCCAUGAGUGGCAGGCCCUUCAGCCAGGCCAGGCUGUUCCUGCAGGAUCCCAUGUAAGACUGAAUCUUCAGACUGGGGCAAGAGAGGUGAAACUCCAGCACGAAGACAAGUUCCGAAAUAAUUUGAAAGGGUUGAAAAAAGGCAAAAGGCUGGAUAUCAACACCAAUACCUACACGUCUCAGGACCUCAAGAGCGCACUGGCCAAAUUCAAAGAGGGAGCACAGAGAGAGAGUUCAAAGGAAGAUGAGGCAAGGCAGGCUGAGGUAAAGCGGCUCUUCCGGCCAAUUGAGGAGCUGAAGCAGGAGUUUGACGAGCUGAAUGUUGUCAUUGAGACUGACAUGCAGAUUAUGGUACGGCUGAUCAACAAGUUCAACAGUUCCAGCUCCAGCCUAGAAGAGAAGAUUGCUGCACUCUUUGAUCUCGAGUAUUAUGUCCAUCAGAUGGAUAAUGCACAGGACCUACUGUCCUUCGGUGGUCUGCAAGUGGUGAUCAAUGGGCUGAACAGCACAGAGCCCCUCGUGAAGGAGUAUGCUGCAUUUGUGCUGGGGGCUGCCUUUUCCAGCAACCCGAAGGUCCAGGUGGAGGCCAUUGAAGGAGGAGCCCUACAGAAGCUGCUGGUCGUUCUGGCCACAGAGCAGCCCCUCACUGCUAAGAAAAAGGUCUUGUUCGCCCUGUGUACCCUGCUGCGCCACUUCCCCUAUGCCCAGCAGCAGUUCCUGAAGCUGGGGGGCCUGCAGGUGCUCAAGGGCCUGGUGCAAGAGAAGAGCACAGAGGUGCUGGCUGUGCGCGUGGUCACGCUACUCUAUGACCUGGUCACUGAGAAGCAGAUGUUUGCUGAGGAAGAGGCCGAGCUGACCCAGGAUGUGUCCCCAGAGAAGCUGCAGCAGUACCGCCAGGUGCACCUCCUGCCAGGCCUGCGGGAGCAGGGCUGGUGUGAGAUCACAGCCCGCCUCCUGGCACUUCCUGAACACGAUGCCCGUGAGAAGGUGCUGCAAACGCUGAGUGCCCUCCUGGCCACCUGCAGGGACCACUACCGUCGGGACCCCCAGCUCAGCAGGACACUGGGCAGCCUGCGGGCUGAGUAUCAGGCCCUGGCCACCCUGGAGGUCCAAGAAGGCGAAGAUGAGGGCUACUUCCGGGAGCUGCUGGGCUCCAUCAACAGCUUACUCAGGGAGCUGCGGUGAGGCUGCCACCCUGACACCGGGACUGGACUAGGACAUGCGAGAGGCCGGGCCCCAGCGCGGGUGGGCUCCUCAGAGGCCGUCAGGCAGCAGGGAAGGUUUGCCUUGUGGGGUGUGAGCUUCACCUGGGCAGGGCCCGCUUGGCUAUUAAACAAGAUGUGAAGGCCGCA